UUACGCCAAUCAGCCGUACGUCUUUGCCGUACGUGUUUCGGCUUCCGUAGUUCAAUUCCAACAUGGCUACCGCCAUGCGAAGGUUAGUGUGGAUAACAGCAGAUGUAUGCGUAAACAUUAAUAAUGUAAGAGGACUUGGAACGACAGCCUCUUUAUAUGGGAGAGUUCCUCCCCCGGGACCUAUGCCAAAUGAAGACAUAGAUGCGAAAAACCUUGAAUCACUAGAGAAGUAUCGCAGCUAUGCACGGUACCUCAGAGCAUCACAGGCGGCGAGCAAGAAGCCUGUGUGGUGGAAGACAUAUAAGCAAUACCUAGAUGCAGAAAAUCCUGACAAAGAUGUAGAGCGUGUUGACAUAGGCCUGCCUUUCAGAAAGCCCUCACGUCUGCAGCAAGUACGGGAGAGAAACCGCGUGAUGAAAGAGAACAGACGCAACACCGAGCUGGAGAGAGCUACACGCCUGCGCACAUUUCAAAUCCCUCUGCACCGUGUGAAGGAGGAAUGGGAGAAAACCAACGGGCCUCAUCACAUCCGGAGGCUGGCGGAGCACUACGGAAUCUACCGGGACCUCUUCCCCAUGGCUUUCUUCGUGCCACGCGUGACGAUGUGCGUGAGCUACAGCGAGGAUGCCAGCACCUCUGUGCACUAUGGCAACCAGUUACCAGCGUCAGUGGCUGGCGCUCCUCCUAAGGUCACUUUUGAGGCAGAAGAGGGCUCGCUGUGGACUCUUCUACUCACAUGUCCAGACGAGCAUCUACUGGAUGGGGACCAGGAGUAUGUCCACUGGCUGGUUGGGAAUAUCCCAGGAAGUGCAGUGACAUCAGGACAGGAAGUAUGUCAUUACCUGCCGCCCUUCCCAGCCAAGGGCACGGGCUUCCACAGAUUCGUAUUCAUUCUGUUCAAGCAGGACGCCGCAGUGGACUACUCUGAAGACGUCAGGCUGUCGCCAUGCUAUAGUCUGAAGGAACGCACCUUUCAGACCGUCGAGUUCUACCGCAAGUACCAGGAUGUGCUGACGCCCGCCUCGCUGGCCUUCUUCCAGAGCCAAUGGGACGAGUCGGUGACCGGCACCUUCCACACGCUGCUCAACAUGAAGGAGCCUGUGUUUGAGUACGAGCGUCCGCCCAUUUACCACCCCCCCCAGAAGAAGUUCCCCCACCGCCAGCCCCUGCGCUACCUGGACCGCUACCGCGACGGGAAGGAACACACCUAUGGCAACAGAUACUAAUACUACAUUACCCAGAAUGCAUGUGCUGCAACCCCCUCAGCUUUUUGUUUUGUCUAAUAAAUUCUCAAUUACAUUGAAAAGAAGCAAAGACCUCAUGGUUCCUUGAUGCCUGUGAUUCAGAAGCUGGUUCUUUGUUGACAAACAAAACCCUUGUUUAACAAACAAACGCAGGCCUAUUGAACGAUGCAUACAAUUGUGUGUAUUAUUGCAUGCAGUUAGUUCAAAACUGAUUCAUACCCCUUGAAAAUAUCGAUUGAACGUUGAUUUUAGAUAAGAUAAGACAAGACUAUUAAGUCCCACACAUGGGAAAUGUACACAUGUCACAACAGCCCAAAAGCACAAUAAAUAAAAGUAAAAGAAAAAAUUGUAUACAGUAUGUCCAGCACACCUAAAAAUCACUCAGUGAUUUCAACAUGCUAUAGGGGCAUAGAUGUAAACGCCUUAUUUAGGGUUCACAAAAAGUUGAGGCAAGUGCUCCUUCACAUGCAUGAUGGUGAGAACUUCAUGUCAUACGUACAGUGGAAAAUGCACAUGUGGGUUUAGAAGUCCAGAAGUGAUGACAAACCAAGUAGUAACUUUACAGAGUUUCAUGACCGUGGUUUUAUACAUUCUAAUGGCAGAUGGAAUAAAAUACCUGUGAAGGGGUUCCUUCUUACAUGAUGGGUGUAGUGGUCUGUUGCUAAAAGAACUGCUUUGCACAGCCACUGUCCCAUGGUGGGGAUGAGAAGAAUUGACCAUGAUGGAUGCCGAUUGGUCCAACAUCCUCCUCUCCCCAACCACCUCAACAGGCUGUAGUUGACAGAGCCUGGGCUGGCAAUUAUCUUGGACUUUCUCUUGACCAAG